UUUCGGAUUCUUCAGCUGCUGGACAGACGGUGUUUCCGGGGGCGAUUGAUUUAGAGGUGUUUAUCUGUGAACAGUAUAUAUAUAUUUUUCUCGUUGUUAAUCCGUUUUAAGCAUCAAAGUUCUCUCGAUGGAGAUCAGCGGUUUGACAUGAAACUCCGGCCUCAGUAUGAAAGGAGAGCCUUUAACGUAAGUGAGUCCAGAAGAGGGUUAAAACCUGGGGAAACGACGGUAAUGCCGACCGAACUGAACUCUCAGGAUGGCAGCAGCGGUUUGUCACUAGCUUUGCAACCAGAGCACCUCAGCAGAACAUCGGGGUCAGGAGCGGUUACCUCUCUGGAGCCCGGCGAUGUCCGAGUGGCUGUCGGCAGCUCUGCGGCAGAGAGCAGUGGUGUACCAGCUUCACGGAGACCACGGUCCGGAGCUCACAGCCACGCUCACACUCAUUCUCACGGCUCCGGGAGAGUUUACACACAGCCGUACCCCGAGGCGGAGCAGUCGGGCCACGAGCCGGACACAGGCGAGUCCAGCGCCUCAUUCUCAGAGCUCCGCUACCUGUUCCGCUGGCUGCAAAAAAGUCUUCCAUUCAUCGUGAUUCUCAGUGCAAAACUCGUUAUCCAGCACGCACUAGGGCUGGCUGUCGGAGUUGGUCUGUUUACGACUUUUCUUUAUGUGAAUAAAAACAUUCAGACACAAGUUUUUCUGCAGGACCGACAGUCAAAGCUACAGUGUCUCUGGCUUCUCUCCUUCCUGAUAGCCUCCUCCCUGCUUUUCUACUACGCAUUUCAGGCGGAGUCACUUUACUAUUGCCUCAUCCUCGUCAACCCCCAAGUUGAACAGCUGGAUUUCUGGGAGGUUUUGUGGGCUGUUGGAGUUACCAGUUUUACUGUAAAGUUUGUCUUCAUGGGAUUCAAGUGCCUUAUUCUUCUUCUUCCCUCCCCUGUUAUGGUACACAGAAGACGGGGUCAGUGGUAUAUGAUGAUAGAAGAGGUUAGUCAGGUAUAUCAAGUGAUUGUACCUGUGCCUCCUUGGUUUCGGUAUCUGGUCAGCUAUCGGCAAGUGGGCAGUUCUGUGGACUUGACCCUGGGUGUUCUGCUAGCGCUGCUCUACCUUAUUCUGAAGCUUUUGGGACUUUAUGGUCAGUGGGGAUCUCUGAAGAAAACAGUCCGAACCUUUCUCAGUUGUGAGGUAAAUGGGGGCCCUGCCACUCUGUCUCAGUGCACAGAGGCUGGAGAUACCUGCCCUAUCUGUCAGUCUGACUUUAAGCAGCCUCGGGUCCUCCUGUGUCAACACAUUUUCUGUGAGGAGUGCAUCACACAGUGGUUCAAUCUGGAAAAGACUUGCCCUCUAUGUCGCACCAUCAUUACAGAUAAGGUCCACAAGUGGAAAGAUGGGGCAACCUCACCUUACCUGCAACUCUACUGACAGCAUACCUCCUUACUUACACAGCUCUGGGAUAACCGGCAUCUUACUUAUAGCAAACAGCACAACAGACAUGCAUUCUUAAGACCCUUUAAUUGAUAAAUAGGUCUUACUUUAACCGCUUUACCGGCCCUGCUGUCUAAAAAAUGGAUUCGGAACUCCAAUCGCAAUACUUCCUAUGUUUUGGAAAGCAUGUUUAUAAAAUGGCUGUGAUUUUAAACUUGGACUGGAGAAAGCAAUAGUAUUUUUUUCAACAAUUGAUUGUAGUACUGGACCUAGCUAAAUUAUCUAUUUUUUGUAGCUGCAGUUUUAUUACAUUACAUUAUGACGAAUCUUUUUUCCAUCAUAUCUGGUAAAUUUGCAGAGAGGAUAAAGUUGUCUCCUAUAGAAGAGACACCAUGUCUAAUAACCAACACAAAGCAACUCCCCACCCAAACUGUGCACAUGUUUCCUUUUUAACUUGAGUUUGUUUAGAGGUCAGUGGGAAUUCCUGGAAAUGUCAAGAAGUUAAACCAAAUGGUCCAGGUGCCUUGCUUACAUGGAAUGUUAUUAUUAAUGCUAUAUGUCUUUCUUACAAAUAAUUUGUGCUCGGAAGUUGGGAAGCUUUAUGUAUCGAGAUACAUAGAUGUUUAUAAAUGACUGCCAUCAUCAGCAAAUGUAUGCAUAUCAGUUUGCAAUCAAAAGCUUAUUAUAUUAACAAUUCCAUUUAAGUAUGAUGAAAUAAUUUCAGAACAUAGCCUGAAUGUUUGUUAUUUUUCUAGUAACUUUUCAAGUGUUGUGCAUACAGCUUUUGUAUUACCUACAGAAGAAACCAAAGAAUCUUAAAUCUAUUUUCCUAAAGAUUUUUGUGUGCAACAAGCUGACCCCCCCCAGAUUUUUUCAAAUCAAGAAUAAAAACGGUUUGAUUUAA